AUGGUUUCCUCUAGUGUUCUCGGUUUCCCUCGCAUUGGUGCCAACCGUGAAAUCAAGAAAGCUGUUGAAGCUUACUGGGCCGGGAAAAUUUCUGCUGAUGACCUCACCAAGGUCGCUGCUGACGUUAAAAAGGCCAGCUGGACCUCCGUCAAGGCCCAAGGUGUCGACUUCGUCCCCAGCGGCGAGUUCUCUCUUUACGACCACGUCCUUGAUCACUCAGCCGCUUUCAACGUCAUCCCCAAGCGUUAUGUUGGACUUGGAUUGUCUCCUCUCGAUGUUUACUUUGCCAUGGGUCGCGGACGCCAAGCCGAUGGUGUCGAUGUCCCCGCAUCCGAGAUGAAGAAAUGGUUCGACUCAAAUUAUCAUUUUGUCGUUCCUGAGUUCUCCGAGGAAACAAAUUUCAAGUUGAACUUCAACAAAGCUGUUGAAGAGUUCAAAGAAGCUCAGGCCGCAGGUGUCACCACUCGUCCUGUUGUCCUUGGCCCCAUCUCCUUCCUCGUCCUUGGUAAAGCCAGCAAGGAUGCGAAGCCUGGAUUCCAACCAAUCAGCCUUUUACCUAAACUCAUUCCUAUCUACGAAACCCUCCUUGCUGAUCUCAAGGCCGCUGGUGCCGAGUGGGUUCAAGUCGAUGAACCCGUCCUUGUUCUCGAUGCCGCUGCAACUUUGGAAUCCCCAUUCAUAGCCACCUAUGCCGCUCUUGCCAAGGUUGCCCCUAAAAUCCUCCUCACUACUUAUUUCUCCCGCCUCGACAGCAAUGUCAACAUCGUUGCUAAGCUUCCCGUCGCUGGUCUUCACAUUGACCUCGACAGGGCUCCCGGACAGCUUGAGUCUGUUGCUACUACCAUCAAGGGUACAAACAUCGUUUUGUCGCUUGGUCUCGUUUCUGGCCGUAACAUCUGGAAGACAGACUUUGCCGCGGCUGUCAAACUUGGACAGAAGGCUAUUGAAAUCCUUGGCCAAGACCGUAUCAUCGUUGCCACCUCUUCUUCUCUUCUUCACACUCCCGUCACCCUCGCCAAUGAGAACAAGCUCACUGCCGAGCAGAAGGAUUGGUUCUCAUUUGCCUUGGAGAAGGCUGGUGAGGUUGCUACCAUCGCGGCCGUCCUCUCGGGAUCCCAGGACUCUGCCAUUGCUGCUGCUCUUGAAGCCAACAAAGUUUCCAUUUCUAAGCGUCGCGAGUUUGAGAGUAGCUCUGAUGACGGUGUUCGCAAGCGCGUCGCCGCCAUUACUCCCGAUCAAUUAGAGCGUAAAAGCCCAUUUACCGAACGAAAGAAAGUACAGGCUAAGCACCUUAACUUGCCCAAGUUCCCCACCACCACCAUUGGAUCUUUCCCUCAAACCAAAGAGAUUCGCCAGGCUCGUGCUAAGCUUGGAAAGGGUGAAAUCACCGAGGCGCAGUACGAAGAAUUCAUCAAAAAGGAAAUCGAGACUGUCGUUCGAUUCCAAGAGAAGAUUGGCAUUGACCUUUUGGUACAUGGAGAGCCCGAGCGAAAUGACAUGGUUCAAUAUUUCGGUGAACAACUGCAAGGGUUUGUUUUUACUCAAAAUGCCUGGGUUCAGAGCUACGGUUCUCGCUACGUCCGACCUCCCAUCAUCGUCUCCGACGUCAGCCGUCCCCACCCCAUGACCGUCAAGUGGUCCAGCUACGCUCAGAGCUUGACCAACAAGCCCAUGAAGGGCAUGUUGACUGGUCCCGUCACCAUCCUCAACUGGUCCUUCCCUCGUGCCGAUGUUUCGAGAGAGUUGCAAUCCAAGCAACUGGCCCUUGCUCUCCGCGACGAAGUUGUUGAUCUCGAGAAGGCUGGUAUCAGCGCAAUCCAGGUCGAUGAACCUGCCAUCCGCGAAGGAUUGCCUCUUCGUCGCUCCGAUUGGGAUGAGUACCUUAAGUGGGCCGUUGACUCCUUCAAGCUUGCUACUGCUGGUGUUACCGAUCAACUGCAAACCCACUCCCACUUCUGCUACUCUGACUUCGAUGACAUCUUCCCUUCUAUCCAACGCCUUGAUGCUGAUGUCAUCUCUAUCGAAGCCUCUAAGAGUGACAUGAAGCUCUUGAAUACAUUCAAGCACUAUGGCUACUCUAACCAGAUCGGUCCCGGUGUCUACGAUAUACACUCUCCACGUGUUCCUGGAUCCCAGGAGAUCAAGGACCGCCUCAAGUCCAUGCUUGACAUUCUUCCUGACUCCCUCCUCUUCGUCAACCCUGAUUGCGGUCUCAAGACCCGUGGUUGGAAAGAGACUGAGGCUUCGCUCGUCAACCUUGUUGAGGCUGCCAAGUGGGCUCGCGAGAAUUACGCUUGA